AUGCUGGACAUGUAUCCCAGUUUGGCCCUUGGGCCCCAGAGAGUGGGAGACUGCUACUUCAUAGAGAGGGAGCCGCCUAACCACAUAUCCCUCUACCCCACAUCCUGUGACAUGGCUGCUCGGGCCAUGCCCCCUCACCUUCUGGCCCCGCCCCCUGUUCCGAGCGAGCCAACUUGUAAAGGCCAGCAGGACGCCGUCAAGCUGGAGUUGGAGAAUAGUUCAUUGUGGAAGCAAUUCAGCUCUGUGGGCACAGAGAUGAUUAUCACCAAGAAGGGCAGGCGGAUGUUCCCUCAGCUGAAGGUAAAGCUGUCGGGCCUGAACCCAACGCUGCGCUACAUCCUGCUGCUGGACAUGGUACCUGUGGACGCCUCACGUUACCGCUUCCAGGGGGACGCCUGGCAAGUGGUGGGUGGAGCCGAAGCCCGUCUGCCCGACCGGGUGUUCAUCCACCCAGACUCUCCGGCCACCGGAGCUCACUGGCAGAGCAGGAGCAUCUCAUUCCACCGCGCUAAGCUAACCAACAACACACUGGACACACAAGGAUAUAUUAUACUUCACUCCCUCCAUCGAUACCAGCCACGGGUGCAUGUGAUUGAGGCCAGGGAUGUGUUGAGGUGGGGAGGAGGUCAGCACUCUUUUGUCUUCCCAGAGACCCAGUUUCUCACUGUCACCGCCUACCAGAACAACAAGAUCACUGAACUGAAGAUUCAAUCAAAUCCCUUCGCUAAGGGCUUUAGAGAGGACGGCAUGAAUAGCAAAAGACAAAGGGAUGUGAGACAAAAGAGGAAGCUGGGUGAACCCCUGGAUAUCGUGAGUUGUGACCCGUGUGACUCCACAGAGCUCCAGCCCCAGUCCUCCUCAGAGCUCCAGCCCCAGGCCUCCUCAGGACUCCAGCCCCAGUCCUCCUCAGGACUCCAGAGCAUGGGCUUGUCUUCUCUCCCCUCCCUUCCCUGCCUCCCUGACCCAGUGCAUGGUUACGCCUCCAACGACAGCCCAUUCCAAGAGGGCCCGGCCCCAGAGCAGCGGUCAGCUGUUGACCUGCUGGGCCAGGCCUUCAUUGCCUCCCAGAUGACGGACAUUGUAGUGAAUGUCCACGCUGAUCUGACAAAUGGGCAGCAAGACGCGUCGGGCAACAAAGUCACAGACAGCAUGAUGGACGGGUCCGUCAGUAUGAGUCUUCCCCCUUACACUGAGGCGUAUCCAGACGCUCUCCCGAUCCUUUCCUCCACCACCUAUGACUCCACCCCUCCCUCAGAGCUAGGGCACGACCAGCUCAGCCCACAAACGCCCACUGACCCAUCGUUCCCCACCCUCUCUCCUCCCUCCUCUCAUACCGUCCAACAGGAUGGGGUGACCGGGCAUUGCAUGCUCACUCCCCAGAACCAGGUUACACCAGCUGCCCCCAUCUGCAACCCGACCGUCCCGCUGUCAGGGUUCAACCCCACAGCGUACCCUUACCCAAAUUCGUCCGCAUAUUCCAACAUCAGCCAAGGCACCCCGCAGUCUCCCACAGACCUCUCAGGUUUAUCCCCAGAACCAGAUUGCCACGCCUUCCACUUACCCCCCGAUAGCACCCACUGA